AUGUCUCGACCAAGUGGGACCCAGAACUCUCAUAUUUCCCAAGCAAGGAGGGCCGAGGGUGAGAUCGCUAGCGCGACCUCUCAAAAGGCGGCACUUGAUGCCGCCAUUGAUGCCGUGGAGCUUUACAUGAAAGCCUUGCGCCUGGCAUCCACAGACGACAAAAAGAUUAUAGAUUCCAAAUGCAAGGAACUUUUGACAAGGGCUGAGAAGAUCAAGACUGCUCAAGAUUGGCAAUCGGCCGCCCGCCCAAAAACAUUUCCUGUGUUGCGGCCCCCCACAUCCAAGCGACGACUUACCACGCGCGAAGAAAUCAUUUUGCUCGAGGACGCGAAGAUCAACGGCUUUAUUUUCCCGCCAUGGGGGUCCCCACCUUCUGCUGUGGAAUUCCUAGCUCACGAGGGCCAGCCUUAUACGGACUCGCCAGAUUUGCAUCUCUCAAAAUGCCAAUAUAAUAUUUUUGCAGGAUGGAAGAGGCCAUUAGCUUUACUAAAUGCGGGGGAGGAGACUGAGCAGACAGCCUCCAAGGUUGAACCUCUCAUGGCCGUUACAAACACAGUCGAUCUCGUGCAAGAUGUCUUAACGGAUUGUUCUGUCGUUGCCAGUCUUUGCGCCACGACUUCGCGAUCGGAGCGUGGCUUGGGUACGCACGCUUCACCAUUAAUGUAUCCAUGCGAAAAUGAUUCAAGGAUACCGAAGUUGUCGCCUUCAGGAAAAUACAUAUUCUCUUUCUAUUUCAAUGGGAGUUUCCGAAAAGUUGUUAUUGAUGAUCGGCUUCCAUCUUCCAAUACUGAACGAUCAUUGCACGUCAUUGAUCGUAACAACCCCAACUUCCUAUGGCCGGCCCUGGUGGAAAAGGCGUACUUGAAGAUCCGUGGAGGUUAUGACUUUCCUGGAAGUAACUCGGGGACAGAUCUCUGGGUGCUCACUGGCUGGAUCCCGGAGCAGGUUUUCUUGCACCAUGAUGAUGCUACCUCUGAUGAGAUAUGGGGCAGGCUAUACCCAUCAUUUUCAGGUGGAGAUGUGGUGCUUACUAUUGGCACGGGGAAGUUGACAGAGCUUGAACAGCAAGGUCUAGGAUUGGUGAGCGAACACGACUAUGCGAUCUUGGACAUGAAAGAAAUCAGCGGACGCCGCCAGUUCUUAUUGAAAAACCCCUGGGCUGGUGCAGAACCGGCAGCCCAGAUUACCAGGGCUGAUUCGAAGGAGCAUUCAUCAUCACACUCGCUCCUCUCACCAGGAACAUUCUGGAUGGACUGCGAGCAAGUAUUGCAGAAUUUCGAGAACCUCUACCUUAAUUGGAACCCGGCCCUAUUCAGAUACCGUGAGGACAUUCAUUUCACCUGGGACCUUUCACAGGACCGUGUCAUUGCUGGAUGCUUCGUCAAAAAUCCGCAGUUUUCGGUCCACAGCGAUGCUGGCGGCAAAGUAUGGCUUCUUUUGGGAAAGCACUUCAAAUCAGACCACCUUACCAAUUCCGAGGCCGAACAAGGUGAAGGAACAGGUUUUAUCAGCAUUUACAUAUUCCAAGCGAAUGGCAAACGGGUCUCUCUUAGCGAUGGAGCACUCCAUCGUGGACCAUAUGUGGAUUCUCCAAAUACGCUCAUGAGACUCGAUAUGCCUCCACGAACAACUUACACAGUGGUAGUGUCAGAGCAAUCUCUGCCAUCAGCCAGUCAGAACUUCACCCUUUCCGCAUUGUCCAGCUCUCCAGUUUCGCUCGCACCAGCUCGAGACAAACAUAUUUGCUUGAAGAAAGCAAGUGGCUCCUGGACUCCCUCGACCGCUGGCGGCAAUGCGGAGUCGGCUCGAUACUCGUGUAAUCCACAAUUCAGCCUCCAAGUCUCAGAAAGAACUGAUGUAUCCAUUCUCCUUGAAGCGAGUCAUCCCGAACUUGCAACACAUGUCAAGCUUUUCUGGUCUAAUGGGCAACGAGUCUCGAGAGUGCGAAGUCGGGAUAUGAUUGCGGAGAGCGGUGAUUACCGUCGAGGAUGUGCACUAGCUGAAACGAGAUCCCUCGAAAAGGGAGUGUAUACUAUCGUUUGCUCGACUUUUGCCCCGGAUCAGCUUGGGCGCUUCACUCUCUGGGUAUCGUCUGACAUUCCUUGUGUGAUACAGCCCUUGGCUUCUGAAUCUGCUGGUCGCCGAGUAACCCUAUCUAGGGUGGGAGUUUUACUUCCAGGAAAGGACCGCAUGUUGGCAUCACUGAAUGUAUCACGCCUGACUCGCAUCAAGCUGAUCGCAAGAAAUAAACGAUCGACUAUUGGUUCGCGCUCUGUCGCACCUUCACCUGUAUUGAUGACCGUGGAGCGUGGACAAGGACCCUACAAAGAGACUCUUGCCGCGUCUGAGGAUGGGUCUCACUGUGAUGCUGCAUCGGGAGUUCGAAUCGAUGAUUUUGACUUAUCACCGAGUCAUGAUCCACGGAGUAGAGUGUGGAUAGUUGUUGAACGAAUCGGAGGUCCUGGUGGUCAAGUGGAAGAUCAUUUUGAAGUGGAAGCACUCGCCGAAGAACGAGUGGAAAUUGGCGACUGGAUUGUGCAAGAUGCUUGA